AUGUUUCGAGGAAGAGCUACAGGCAAAGUCCUGGGUGGCUCUGAUACAAUGUUAUUGGAGCAGGACAAUGAAAUCCGAGAACCGCCGCCGGACCAGGAACAUGGUGGAAAUUACUAUUCUGCUUCGCAGGCGGGUGACAGCAGCAGCGGGUCAUCAUUGCAGACCAAGUUGCUACGCAGGGAGUCCAAGGUCAGCUUGGCUCUCAGGGCGCUGACAAACAGAAGCUCUAGCAUAUCUGUCUUGGAACGUCCCGCGAGCCCAGACGGCGUGGCGACGUCCCAUCGCCCUUCUCCGCCGCGGGGCAGCCCCAUGAGCAUUGUCAAAAAGGUUUCUUCAUCUAUCUUCAAGCCCUCAAUAGAGCAUACGGUUAUGCACCGCUCAAAGCACAAGGCUCGACUAUCUCUUGAAGCUGCCCGAACUGCAUCCACGGUAGCUGUGGCAUCGUCCGAACCAGCCGCUGUCUUCUUACCAGUCUCAUCGUCGACCCUGAACGCGGCCAGCAACAACAACAUCGGUACCAAUGAUAGCAAGCCUGCAGGCCGCAGCUCGCAGCUCUUCUCUGCACCAAACACCACUUCCACCGGCAUGACCUCGCUCGAUUCUAAAUUCUCAGGCUCAACCAAGUCUAAAGACAAAGAGGCUGCCGCUCACUCCAAGGAGAAGGAUGGUGCCGACACUCCUGAUAGACCCGACGAACCUGUUUGCAGGAAGAGUAUCGUCCCUGCGAGGCGCCGCGUUCCCAUGACACGCUCGAGCCCUGAGGGGCCUCUGGCGCCGAUUCAGGAAGCAAAGCCACUGGAGAACACUGCCGCCCCCGUACCUACCAUCGUCACAGUCGAGAGGGCAGCAGCGGCCAAGAUCUACCUGGAAACAUUCUAUGACGAGCUUCUGUCACGCCCAACCCCUCGGGACAGACGCCUAAACAUGCUCGAAAGCGACCUGCACCGCGAUGCGCGGAUCCGCGUCAUGAAGGCUCGUUCCAUUCGCGCUCUCAAUCCGCCCAAGGACUGUAACUUGACGGUUACCCCUGCUGUCUGCGAAAAUGACUACGAGGUCCUCAAGAUCCUAGGCAAGGGUAGCUUUGGUGUCGUCCGCUUGGUGCGGGACCGACGGGAGGCCCAGCAACCACUACAACAGCAAUACUGCAGGACCCCAGGUGCGGCUGUGUACGCCAUGAAAGUCAUCCGCAAGAGUACCAUGUUGCGCACAAGCCAAGAGGGUCACUUACGGGCGGAACGGGACUUUCUCGUGGCGUCGGAAGGUUCGAGGUGGAUCGUACCGCUGAUCGCGAGCUUUCAGGACGCGGCAAACCUGUACCUUGUGAUGGAGUACAUGCCCGGGGGCGACUUCCUGGGCCUCCUCAUACGCGAGACGACAUUGACGGAGCAGGUGGCGCGCUUCUACGCGGCCGAGAUGGUGCUGUGCGUCGAGGCGGCGCAUGCGCUGCGUUGCAUCCACCGCGACGUCAAGCCCGACAACUUCCUCAUCAGUGCCUCGGGUCAUUUGCGCAUCAGCGACUUUGGACUGGCUUUUGAUGGCCACUGGAGCCACGACACGGCCUACUACAACAACCACCGGUACUCGAUGCUACGGAGGCUGGGACUCAGUGUCGAGGGCGACGAGCAGGAUCAGCGCGAGGGGCGGAGCGUACGCAUGACAAUGAAGUGGGCCAGCAGCAUCAUGAAUGGGAUGGAGAAGCACGAGCGCAAGGAUUCGGCGCCAGGGGAGGAGGCCGACUUCGACGGCAACUGCAACAGGAUGGCUGGGACCGACGGCGGGGUAAGAGAGCCGCUGCUGGCGUGGCGCAACCGUUGUGGCAACCGUACUUGGGCGACCAGCGUAGUCGGAACGAGCCAGUACAUGGCGCCCGAAGUAGUGAGAGGCGAGAAGUACGACGGUCGUUGCGACUGGUGGAGCGUCGGUGUCAUACUGUACGAGUGCAUCUACGGACACACGCCUUUCCUGAGCGAUGAGGGCCGCCACCAGACGAAGCAGAACAUCGUAAACCACCAUUCCACCUUUGCCUUUCCAUCUCAACCUGCGGUCAGCCCACGUUGCCAGCAGCUGAUGAUGAGCCUGAUUACCGACAAGCAGCACAGGCUGUGCUCGCGGCGGUAUAUCUUCAAGGACAUUGCUGCCGCCGGGGCCUCUGGUGUUACCGGCUCAGAGCUUGCAAGCAAUGGUGGUAGUAAUAGCAGCACAGAUCUCGCCGGGCGUUUUGUGUUCCCCUAUGAUGCUGAGGACAUCAAGGCGCAUCGAUGGUUUCGUCACAUCCCAUGGGAGCAUUUGCACAAGCUCACACCGCCAUUUGUGCCGCAGAUCCGCAGCGCCGACGACACCAAGUAUUUCGACGAGGACGAAGACUCCAUCAGCGACUGGUCCGACACGGAGCCCUCCACGCCUGGAGGCUGUGAGGCCGAGACGACUAUUGUCGGCACAGCCGUAGCCACGACCAUAAGCACGGUCGAUGCUGUCAACGGUACCACCACCGCAAUAUCCGUGGCGGUGGACAGUCCCCUGGACAGUCCGCGAACGUCGCGAAACUACAACGGCGGCGUUGUCACGGCGCUGACGCGGCAGCAGGUGCGCGAGGCCGAGAUAGCGACGUGGCUGCGCGGGUUCCAACGCAGCAUUCAAAAGGCAGCGCGUCACUGGGUGCAAGUGCCGUACGACGCGCUGCGGCUGCGAAAUAUCGACCUGCGCAUCGAGUCCCUCCCCGACCUGACAAUCGAGCAACGUGAGAUCUUGCGCAGGUUCGUGCGCCUGUACGGGCGCAAGGAGAAGAAGCGGCCGCGAGACAGGCUGCUGCGCGACAGGCAAACCAAGGGCGUCGUGCUCGAGCUGAGGAAGAGGAACGCUUUCCUGGGCUACACGUGGCGGCGCAUGAGGCCUGGUGCGUUACAGGAAAUGGCAUCGGCGGCAAAGGCAGAGGCAGUCGUCAAGGCCAGGGCGCUUGAUGCGAAUGAGUUCGAAAGAUACGAUAGUGGCUGCGAUGGCGAUGACAGAAGUCUCCUUGGACACGGAAACAUACUCUGAGCAGGGUGUCGCUAACUUUGACGCUUCAUGCCGAACACCCUAAGAUUGUGCCUAUGUGGAAAUGGCUUUUUCCUGGGCACGUUCU